UUCUAAUGAUGAAUAAAAACGGAAUUAUUUAAAUUCGACAAUUUGUGGAAAAGUGAAAAAUGGAUUUUCCGUAGAAAUCUCUUGUGGUGUGAUUCUAUUUUUGGAAGACUCGGACCUAUUCCCCCUCAGUUCGAAUUUACCGCUCUGAAGUAUUACAUUAUUCCACGUGAAACCCACAUUUGGGAGCAUUCACUUGAGAAACCUUCAAAGUCUGUUACAUAAUCUUAAAAUCAGGUGUAUCACAUGAUACAUCAAACGACAGUUGAAUAAUUCGAGAGGAAUUAAUAAUGAUCCCACCACAAAGCUGUCAGAAUUGUCAGUGGCAAUUAAGUACCCCUGACUGAACGAUAAAUAGAAAAUACAGUGUGAUGUUAUUCAGUCAGUUGUUGACCACUGGAGACAGAAUAUCUAACGUCACAUAACAAAGUUGAAGAGAUUAUUGAUAGUGUCUUCAUGUCUCGUCACGUUAUUUCUCUAUCGAUGGGAAAUCGAGGAUUUCCACUAGGUGAUUAUUUUGGGAGGAGAAUGCGAAGUGCUGGGGUCAGUGGUCUCUUAAUAAGCAAGGAUGAGGUCAUUAGAUUUGUUGGUGAAUGCAUGCAGAAAGUGGGGACUGAUGGUAAUUAUUCGAAUAUCGUUGCGCACCAUCUCAUGACUGCUGAUUAUCGGGGACAUUUCAGUCAUGGCAUGAACCGAAUGCCAAUGUAUGUGAGAGAUAUCGAAAGCAAACGAACUGAUCCACAUGGGGUACCCAAGAUCAUCAAUGAUUUUCAGGCAACUGCCCUGGUGGACGGUAAAAACGGUCUAGGCCAGGUGAUCGGUAAAUUCAGUAUGGAAUUGGCGAUAAAAAAAGCUGAGACCUUCGGUAUCGGGAUGGUAUCAGCUCGAGGAUCAAACCACUACGGCAUCUGCGGAUACUACAGCCUGAUGGCAGCUGAGAAGGGCCUGAUCGGGUUCACCUGCACGAAUGCCAGUCCCUUGAUGGUGCCAACUCGUUCAACAACUCCAUCCCUGGGUACAAAUCCCCUGUCUCUCGCCAUGAGGACAGACAAAUCCGAUGAAUUUGUCCUGGACAUGGCGACGACAGCUGUAGCCCUUGGGAAGAUUGAACUGGCGAUCACGAAGGGUCAGGACAUCCCCGAGGGCUGGGCCAUCGGUGCCAACGGGAAAACAACGAAAAACGCCAAGGAAGCUUAUGACACUAUGAAGCUGAUGCCUUUGGGAGGGGCUGAGGAGAAUUCUGGGUACAAGGGGUAUGGGUUGGCAACCCUGGUGGAGGUCCUCUGUGGCGUCCUCUCUGGCAGCCAUUUUGGUAAGAACAUUCGAAAAUGGAAGGCCGACGAUCGAAUCGCACACCUUGGCCACUGCUUUAUGGCUAUCAAUCCCACGGUUUUUGCACCUGGUGCUGGGGAAAGGCUGGGCCAACUCCUGGGAGAACUUCGGGGACUCCCAACUCCUGGAGAUGGAAAAGUACUUGUUGCUGGAGAUCCUGAAAGGAUCGCCAUGCAGACCGUUGACUCUCAGGGCGGCAUUCGCUAUCACCAGAAUCAAAUUAAAAUCUGCGAUGACGUAGCGCAAAAACUGGGGGUUCCCCCGUUGAAACCUGUUGCUUAAUUCAUUGUUUUUUUUUUCUUUUUGUUCAUUUGGCACUGAUGAUUCGUGGUCUUGCGAUAGAAAUUUGUGGGAAUCACAAGUGAUUUAUUUCGGCUUAUUGUUUAUUAACAUAUUGAUUUAAAAUUUGGAUAAAAAAAAUCCACGCGCGAAAAAAUUCAGUCUUUUGAAUUGGAAAAGAAUGAUAAUGAAAAAUUAUAAUUACACUGAAUUCAAGAUUCAAGAUACUCACUCAUUUUUUAUGGAUUUAUUCGUAGAUUUGUAAUUUAAUAAGUCUCAAGAGUAUUUUUGUACCAGUGCAUUUGAAAUAUUUGAGUCUGAAUUUCGAGUUUGUUCAAAUUGUUAUAAUAAAAUAGGUGAAUAUCCAGACUCGCCUUGU